AGGCUACGAACACGGGGCAAAGGCAAGAUUCGUUCACCGUCCCCGGAGUCAGUCAGCUCUGGCGGGACGACGCUGCUGACUGCCGGCACGAUCGUCACGCGAACCCUACACGGCAACCCUUCCCCAGGCAGAGGACGGGCGCUUCUGUGACGGUCGAGCUGCUCCGUAGCCCAAAACCCUGACUCUCUCUCCCCACCAUGCCACUGGCGGCGGGCCUGGUGGCAGCAGGGCACCUUAGCACCUUAGUUAAUCUGCUGCAACACCUCUUCCAAAACUCGUUGCGCCGGCCGCUGGCUCCCUCUCGCCCACGCCCUCACGAUUCUGCGCCCAAGAGCAAUGCGUCUCUCCGUCCUCUGCCCGUCUGCAGCACCUCGUCCGACCUGCACUGUCGUCUGGAGUCUGAAUGUCUCGACCACAGAUCGGCAUUGACCGCCUCCCAGCUCGACGAAUGACGAGCGAGCCGCGGGAGUCGAUGAACUGCAAGAGCUGUCGGAAGAGAAAGAUCAAAUGCAACCGUCUGCGGCCAACUUGUGAAGCCUGCCAGGUAUUUGCGUGUCCGUGUAUCUAUGAUGCCGUACCGAAGAAACGAGGUCCCAAGACAGAUGUUCUCGAAGCACUGCUGAAGCGUGUGGACGUACUGGAGAAGCGGUUGCACACUGAGAAAAAAUCAGACUCAUCACCGGAUCACGACUCCACGAGCCAGGACACCGGCAGUGACAGCAACAACAACGGCGCCUUGCCACCGCGGCCCCUGGUCGAGCUUGCCCCCCAUCCGAACCAUACCCCGGCUCUGAUAUCGCCUACCGAACCGAGCUUGCAGGCUUCAACCGUCGUCCCGGAUGUCCUUUUGGACAUAUAUUUCACCAGGAUACACAACAAGCCAUACAAUAUCCUGGAUGAAGCAACGACGAGGCAGCGUAUGCAGCUUGGCCUGGUCCCGCCCUACCUUGCAUACGCCAUAUAUGCAGUGAGCGCGAGGCACACACCACAAUUCGGCGGCUACAAUGGCGCAGUCAGAAUUAGUCAGGAGUAUGGGAGGCGGUCUCGGACGGAGCUGGACAUUGACGAGCCAUCCAUCGAAGCUCUACAGACACUCCUCCUCCUAGCCCAAGCCAGCUACCAAGCGGGGAGAGGAAAGAAGGCGUAUAUGCUACUGACGUCCGGGGUAAGCAUGGCUUUCGCAUUGGACUUACAUCGAGAACUUCCGCUUGCCAUGAAAAUCACUCCCGCUGAACGAGAAGGCCGCCGACGACUAUUCUGGUCCUGCUACCUCCUAGACCGAUUUUCUGCAUGUGGAUCAAAACGCCCCUCGUUGAUAGCGGAUGAAGCCAUAGUACUCCGAUUGCCGUCAUGGCAAUUACAUCCUGGGGCCAUGCUUAUCGAAGGAGAUUAUUUCCCGAAUGGCUCGAAUCUCCAGUAUAUGGGCGGCUCCGGCAAGCAAGGCCAAGGCAGUAUGGGCAUGCUGAUUGGUAUAGUCAAGAUAUUAGGGAUCACUAACCGCUACCUUGCUGCGGGUGGUGUCAAAGGGGAUUCCCACUUUCCCUGGCACUCACUGUCGAAUCUCUCGAAAGUACGCCAAGAAUUGGACAUCUGGGCGUCCGAAACACAAGACACAUUCACGUCGAUAGAAGCACUUUUUGGACAGCCAGAUAGUACGAUAUAUGUUCUCAGCAAACUCAUAUACCACCUCAUCCAUUGCCUCAUCUACCGGCCUUUUCUUCCGGUCGACCUUGCGGAACUGUCUGGAACUUCACAGCAUCAGUCAUGGCAAAUCGAAGCUACGAAUCUUUGUUUCUUGCAUGCCAAUGCCAUUGCGGAACUAGUUGAGAUUGGCAGGGCCUCGUCUAUCAUCGACUGGCCUGCUUUUGUUGGAUACUGCGUGUGCACAGCAGGCACCAUCCACGUCCACGGGGCACAUUAUCGUGGGAGAGAAGGCGAGGUAUUCUCCUCGAGUUCAGAAUUCUUAUCAAGAGAAAUGCACCAACUCUCAGAACUCCGGUUCAUAUGGGCAGGCGUGCAGCAUCAACGAGAAACUUUGCAGACCAUAUACGGCUGCCACACAGAGCUGGUAAAGUCUCUUGCUAGCAACCCAAUGCGGUUCUCCCCCGUUUUCCAAUUGGAAGAUUUCUUCGACCGUUAUGCUGGACAGGCUUUCGACGGUGCACAUCUCACCUUUAGUGACAUUCAGGUUGAGUCUGUACACGAAAGCCUAUCUUCCUACAACAUAGAGAACCGCAACACUCUUUACAAUGGCCCCAACCUCAUCAACCUCCAAACCAUGCCCCAAACCACCUUCUCGAUAUCACACCAACCCACAACCCAACCGCCCGUACCCUCUGAAAACCGCAAAAAACGCCGCUCCACAGCCAACGGCCCCCGCCCCGUCCUCCAGAGCUCGAAAUCCGCCACGCACGAUCCCACUUCCGAAAGCCCCCAAUUCCCAACCAUCACCGCCACAACCCCCCUAACCGCCCUCGCCAAACCCGCUCAAGACCUCUCCCACUUCACCCUCUUCACGCCCCCAGCCCCCUUCAGCCCCUCCUCGUUCAACUUCGGCGCCCUCGACCCCAGCCUCCCGUCCAACGACUCGGCCACCCACCAAACCGGGGCGAACGGGGGGAGUUUCGACCCCAUGUUCAGCAUGCCCACCCCGACGCCCUUUGAGCAGCAGCCCACGCCCGGCGCCGCGAGCGCGAGCGGAAGCGCGCACACAGAUCCGGAGAAGGAUCCUUUUCUGAGCUUGCUCGAGCAGCUGGCCGAGAAUGAGGUUAGUAGGGGCGGGCCGAGUGAGCUGGAUUUCUUUUUGAGUGGGGGGUUGUAGUGCGGUUUGGACAUGGGGCUGGAGGGUUUUAGGACAGGAUGGGAUGGCGUUUUCAGGGGGUCGGCUUUGUAACGGUAUAUGAACUGGGUUGGGAUGGGUUUUGGGGAUCAUGAGAUGGAUGGAUGGAGGCGUUUUGGGUUUUUGUUGGCGCUGGCGAGAUUGGGUAGCAUUGGUGGAACGAUAUCAAUACCAGACUCUUUGCCAGAGUCCUGAAUCACGACCUCUCGCCAAAGGACAGCAGAUAUUAGGCUGAUAUACGCUCCCCAGAACUUCAUGUCUAAGCUACAGUCUUCUUUCGUGCCUUUUUCUAAUCACACAAAGGCACCUCCGCGUGAGUGGGACAUACGAUCCA